UAUUUUUACUAUUAAAUUAUAUUAUAUAUAUUAUAAAUUAUUAUUGUUAAAUCACAAUCUAUUAGUAUCGAAUGUUUUAAAAUUCGAUAAGGAGUAAUAUCUCGUUAUCCAUUUAUUUUAUCGAAGCUUAUUUAAUUUGUAUAAUGAGCACAUUUCAUUUCUAAUUAUUACUUAUGAACUAUAAAGUAAGUUAAUUAUAUUUUAUUACUCAAUUAGAAUAUAUAUGAAUAAGAAUAUGAAAUUCAUUUUAGAGAUAAGACGUGAAUUAAAUUUUGCGGUUAAAUAAUUUUCUUGAAAAUAACCAAUCGGUGCUGCGAUCACGUCUACGCAUGUCUGAUACAAACAAUCAUGGUAUAUGAAUAUCUAGAUAGGAUACCACUUUUCGAAAAUGUUAAAACGUAAAUACACAACACGUUGAGCAUUUGGAGACGGAGUGCUCGGGAGUGUUAUAGCGUAUUCAAUAUUAUGUAUAUAGUUUCAAAUAAAAUUUCUACACAUUAUAUUUGUUAAUUAUAUUAUAUCGACGGCUAUGGCAAUACGUCAGAUUCUCAGAAAAUUAUUGACAAAUGUUACUCCGGCAUUGUAUUCAUCGGGUAUGUUAUUUACAUACUGCACCCCAUCCAAGAAGCUUAGUGAAAAAGAAAAGUUGAAAUUAGAACUACCGGACAUAAGAAAUCUGACAUAUGAAUCUAUGAUACAACGUUCUGCAUUGGAUGCAACCAAUAGUGCAACACAAGCAUUAACUGUUACCUGCAUGGCAAUAAUAAAUAUGAGUGCCGAGUACAGGACAUUGUUGAAUGAGCUUAUCUCUCUCUUAACGGAUAUUCUGAACCAUGAUGUUAGUGACGCACAUUGGGACUUGAUUAUAGAAGUACGAACAGAAAUGGAGGAGAAAAAACAGGCACUUAUGAAAUUAACUGGCUAUAUGGAUUAUGUGCACAAAAUGGCAGUGGCUGCUUCAGAGCUUAGUUUUCUAUCUGGAAUGGACAGUCUAUCCAGCUCACUUUGUCAAAGGAUAGAUGAUGCAUUAAGUAAUGUGAAAACAGAAGUUGAGAACAAUCUUAAGCUGGAACAAGCAUAUAGGCAUAUACAAGAGCAAUGCAUCAAAGACAAUAAGAAAACAGUCAAGGAAUAAUAUAUUUUUCUAGCUAAUAACGAAGUAAAAACACUUAAUGCAAGGAAAAAUUGAGACUCGAAAGAAGAGAUGGUCCAGCAGCUGUGAAUGGUUCAACGAUGAACGUUUGCGUCAGUCUUUCUUCGUACUUCUAUAUAAAUAAGUUAUCUCAUACUAGUAAAUAUCUUAUUUCUGUACAAUAAAAUUGUAUAUAUUUUUUUUUA